CCCCCUACAGGUGCGUCUUAUUAAAAAGGUGUGAAGAAGAAGAAUGGCGUCUGUCCGUCUGAAGAGAAGAGAAGGCGCCAAACUGAGAAAUCUGCGACAAGCAAGAAAUGUCAGCGAGUGAAGUGGAAACAGCCCAGAGCCCGCUGCUCUCCUCCAGUCUCUGUUUCAGCCCGUGGUCGUGCGUGUGCGCUAAGGGAUGGUCGGCCGCCGUGUGGAACGGUCUCAGUGACCCGCUGCUGGCCGCUGCUGCCUCAGGAUACUCCGCCCCCGAGCCGUGGCUCCUCCCAGGAUGCAGUUCGGUCUACGACAGCCUGGUCAGUAAUGUCUCUCCGAUCCCGUCUCCUCCUGCUGCCAGCGGCCUGCGAGGACGAGAGCGAGCUGCCAGCAACAAACCUCGCAGGCCCUCCAUCCUGGAGCGAUGUAUUCUCAAAGUGUCCACCAGCAGCGUCGCUGUCGGGACAGAUGACCUGGACAACAAGAGACCCCCCCUCGGUCGCUGCUACCCCCGCCUCCCAGACCCCGCCAACACUGAGACCAACGCCGCGGUACUAAAGCGGCGGCAGAAGCAGAUCCAGUAUGGCAAGAACACCAGCGGCUACCAGAACUACCUGCAGCAAGUCCCCAGACACAUGAGGGACCCUAAGCUCCACCCAUCGACUCCCAACAAGUACAGGAAGUACAGCCGGCGCUCCUGGGACAUGCAGGUGCGUCUGUGGAGGCGAGCGCUGCACCUGUGGGACCCUCCGACCGAAAACCAGCCGGAUGCUGCAGAGACCACGGACCCAGUGGAGCAACUGCAGAGCCAGCUGGCAAAGAUGACCUCUGACCUUUGUGAGGAUGGAGGAGAUGAGCAGAGAGAGAAGGAGACUUGUGCAGCCUCCAAAGCCUCCUCCGUGUCUCCUCCGUCUGCCGCCACGACUCUGGAGCUGACCGGACCAUGGACCAGCCCGCUGUCCCUGGAGGAUGACGGCGGCCUCCGACCUCUGCGCUCUCCUCCUGGACUGAGCCUUUCCUUCAGGAACCAGCUCACCAAUGACAACAUGAACGACUGGCUCCGCCUCCUGCUGGAGGCCAACAGCGCUCCAGGUGAGGUCACAGAUUUGGCCUACGAUGACCAGCAGGUUCCUGACUUUUCUGACCAGCUCCUGUGGAACCAGUACUGAUCUCCAACACCUGCACUGAGGCGCUUCAGUCGUCUCCAAACGUCUAAGUCUUCUGUGACGUGGUCAGCGUCGGCCCCGUCAGAGCAAUCUGUACGUGUGUAUGUUCGUCUUUUUAAGAUGGUUAGCUCCAAGACAGCGGGACGUGAUUGGUCCGUGACCUGAGAGCGUCCAAUCCUCCUUGAUCUACUCCGAAGACGACUGACAGGAAGCUCAGCUCAUUCCUGGAGGAGUUGAGUUUCCCAGAUUUCACUCUUGAACGCCUCCUUGUGUGUGGUGUGGCAGCUGAGCAUUCGUUUGCACUUCUUAGCUUUCUGUUGACGGGCACUUCUCACCUUUAAUUUAACGACCCUCACUGAGCCAAUGAUUGGACUUAAAGCCACUGAUUUAAUCAAAGUAAAUGUCUUUGUUUCCUGUGUUAGUGUCACAUGACGGCCUCUCGGCAGGCCGCUGUCUUCUGUCCACACUCACCGUCACGCUCAGCUGUCCGUCAGACUCCUCGUCCUCUGAGCCGCCAUGUUUUUUCUCAAAAACAAACCCCUAAGGAGGACAACGUGCUGUCUCUUUUUCUUUUACUUCUUGUGUUUCUGACUUUGUAUUUUGUGCUGCUUGAAUAUGGAGAGCAAAGCUGAAAUAUGUGAUAAUAAAGAUGUAAAUAAAGUGUUAAAAUUCA